ACAUUUUUCCCUCCAUUAUACUUAAAUCUAGAAGAAACCGGUUUACGUACCUCCAAGGCCAAUCUUACAAAUAGGUUUGAAGUGUGUUUUUUCAUAAAAAAACAAGACUUACAAAGGUUUGAGACGCCACAAUGUGAAAUCUCCAGAUAAACAAUUUCGUCAAGAGGACAGUCAUCAUCAGAGUUUGGAUUUUCAGCUUUGAGAGUUAAAGACUGGUGUUGAGUUAGUUUCCAAACACCCCAAAAGAAAGUGACGGGGACUGUUUUGUUACAGGAAAGAUGAAGCUGAUUCCUAAAAUAAUAAAGACGGAGAUGUUGCCGAGACUCCCGGUUGGUAUAAGUGCUCUUAUACUCAUCUCUGUUCUGUCAAUCCAAGGAGCCAGUGGCUCAAAUUUUGACGGGCAUAGCCAAUCUAUAGCAAUCAGACGCAUGAACGAUGAUGAGGCCCAGAGGCAAUUCGGCGACUUCCCGUUCCGGAACACCAGCUUACCAUGGGAUGAGCGUGUGAAAGAUCUCGUGUCCAGACUGACCCUGGAGGAGAUUCAGGUACAGAUGGCCAGGGGUGGAUCUGGAGAGUUUGGAGGUCCAGCCCCGGCUGUUCCAAGACUGGGCAUUGGCUCAUAUCAGUGGGCUACAGAAUGUUUGCGAGGUGACGGGUAUUCCAUUGAGAAUGCAACGGGUUUCCCUCAGGCUAUUGGUCUUGCGGCCACUUUCAGCCCGGAUAUUCUGUACAACGUUGCCCGAGCGACAGGUCAAGAAGUGCGAGCCAAACACAACGACUUUGUCAAAAGGGGUAUUUUUAAGUCCCACACUGGUGCUAGUUGCUUCAGCCCUGUCGUCAAUAUCUUGAGAGAUCCCAGGUGGGGCAGGAAUCAGGAGACAUACGGUGAGGAUCCUUACAUGACUGGUAUUUUGGCACAAAAAUUCGUCUCUGGUAUCCAAGGUGAAGACUCGAGGUUCAUAAUGACCAGCGCUGGAUGCAAGCAUUUUGACGCCCAUGGAGGGCCUGACAACAUACCGGUGUCGACGGUCUCCUUUGACGCUGUCGUCUCUGACACAGACAUGAGGAUGACCUUUCUGCCCGCCUUCAAGAAAUGUGUAGAUGCCGGUACCUACAGCGUCAUGUGCAGUUACAACAGUGUGAACGGUGUCCCUGCUUGCGCCAACAAAAAGCUGCUCACAGACAUCCUGCGUACAGAAUGGAAUUUCAAGGGCUAUGUCGUCAGCGACCAAGGUACCAUCGAAUUUCUCAUCUCGAAACAUAAAUAUUGUAACAAUAGCGUGGAUGCUGUGGCGGCCUGUGUUAACGCUGGUACAAAUCUGGAACUUUCAAGUAAUCUCCCAACGCCGGUAUAUAUGUCUAUAGUAGAUGCUAUUCAACAGGGAAAACUGACGGAGGAUCUGGUGAGGGAAAGAGUCAAACCACUGUUUUACACACGCAUGAGGCUCGGGGAGUUUGACCCGGAAAAAGAUAACCCUUACGCCAAGCUGAGUAUGGAUCAGAUCGAAUCUGCUGAACACCAACAGGUUGCUGUCACAGCCGCCAUGAAGUCUUUCGUGCUGUUAAAAAAUAAAGGCAACAUUCUACCAUUAAAGAAAGGAGAGUUCAGCAAAGUCGCAAUUAUAGGACCAAUGAGCGACGAUACUCGACAACUGAGUGGUGACUACCAGCCUUUUCAGGAUAAAUCUUUCUUCACAACUCCUUUGGACGCAGUGCAACGUCUCUACCCCAAUGCCAAACAUGGACACGUCUGCACCGACAGCACGCCGUGUACACAGUACAAUAAAGCUGCCGUACCUGCAAUAGUCAAAGAUGCAGAACUGGUAUUUGUCGCUCUGGGCACUGGUCGCGCUGUUGAAAGUGAGGGACACGACAGGCCGGAUGUCGAGCUUGCAGGACACCAAAAGGAACUACUUUUGGAUGUUUUAGACAACAGCGGUGACGCUAAGAUCAUCUUGCUUCUCUUCUCUGCCAGCCCCCUUAACAUUACGUUUGCCGACCAGUCAGACCGCGUGGUAGCCAUCAUGGAAUGUUUCUUUCCCGCACAGUCUACUGGGAAGGCCCUGUACAAUGUUCUGACCAACACCGGGCCGUAUUCUUCCCCGGCAGGCAGAUUGCCCAAUACCUGGCCCCUAUACAGUGCGCAGAUUCCACCCAUGGUCAACUACUCUAUGGAGGGUAGAACGUACCGCUACUUCAGAGGCGACCCCUUGUACCCAUUCGGCUAUGGCCUCACCUACACCCAGUUCAAUUUCUCUAAUCUGAUCUACAACACAACAAUCAAGGCAGGAGAUAGUCUGAAUGUUCAGGUGGACAUUACAAAUGUGGGUGACGUUGAUGGCGAAGAAGUUCUCCAAUGUUACAUAAGCUGGAGUGACAAGUCCUUGUCCGUUCCACAGCUGCAGUUGGCCUACUUUGACCGGAUCCUCAUAACCUCCAUGCAAACGAUCUCACGGCGUUUGUCUAUAUCUUCGGAGUCCAUGGCGUUUUGGCAAGGUGGGAAAUGGGUCAUUAAAGCUGGUGGGAUGAGUCUGUUCUGUGGUGGUCAACAGCCAAAUCAGAAGAAACAGGUGCCGUCCAACGUCCUCUCUGGAACGUUCACCGUCACAGACUAGACUGCUUUUUAGAAGCAGUAAUUUUAAUUAUAUUAUGUUUCUCUUGUCUGUGCAUACACGCACAUGAAAACGGGAGGUGUUUCUAAAACUAGAAAUUGUAUCUAGCUAUUAAUACAAACGUAAAGUUAACCAUGUGGAGUAAGGCGUAAUCAGAAUAACAUUUUUUUUCUUACUUUCUACUUUCUACUUUAUGUUAAAAUCGUGUACUGUUUUUUUUUUCUUUAGUAGACGUGGUUGACUGGCAGACGUUCGGGUGUGUGUUGCUUUUUCUGUUAAACAUCUGUCAUCUUUAUUUCUUCUCCUCCUUUUUGUAUUUGACUGUAAUUCUUGUUUUCUGCCUCUGCAUGCCCUAUCUGUGUUAGAUGCUCUGAAAGACUCAGACAAAAACUAAAAGAAAGAUAGGCUUUACAGAUAGAAAGAGAGAGAGAAAGAGAGAGAUAGAAUG